AGUGUCCUGUCGCUGCUGCUGUCAGGCCGCGGCGGCGUCGAGGCCGUGUUCUGGCCGUGUGAAGCCGACGAAGACUGCACAGCUGACGGCUCCGCUUGCGACGUUACCUUGGGCCUUUGCGAGUGCGCAGACUUCGAAACGGUCUUCUCCGAGGAUUUCACACAAUGCUUGAAGACGUCACAGUUUGGGGACACAUGCGAAGAUACCGUUCAAUGCAAUCUUAUGCCAACGGGAGCCAAUUGUAAAGCAGGGGUCUGCGAUUGCGCCGAUGGCCAUAAUUAUGUGCGUGGCAAGUGUAGGCCAUUGAAUGGACUGAGAGAGCCCUGUGAAACGGAUUUAGACUGCUACUUUGGCUACGAUCGAGCAUCGGUGAGCUGUCAGGAUCGUGUCUGUGCCUGUGCAAAUGGCUAUUAUAAUAGAUAUGGCAACAUAUGCCGUCGCAAAUCAAUGGAAUGGGACGAUGCCUGCGUCGUUGAUGCAGACUGUGAAGAAUUGAGCGCAGGUGCCAAAUGCGUUAGUCUAAAGUGCAAUUACGUCGAUGAGGUGACAACACCUGGCGCCGAGCACACCACUGAGGAUACCACACCAGAGGAUAACACACCAGAGGAUAACACACCAGAGGAUAACGAAACAACCGCUGCAACAAAUACAGAGACAACAACUGAGGAGGCAGCGACAACUUCAGCGCUCAAGAGACAAAUAGCCAGAGUUUUUGUGCAUGCGCCUCCCAAAUAUCAAAACGAUGCGGCCAUCCAGGCCAACCCGCCUCUUACCAAUGGCGGAGGCAGCGAGCAUACGGUGGCCACGCCACCAUUAGCCGCGCCACGCAGAUUACGCGAAAUCGCCGUCCAGACAAGCAUCGAGGGCUACGAGCUGCGCGAUUUCGGAAGAACUGUGAGAAAUGUGGGCACGGCUACCGCGUCGACUAGCACCAGUAGCCGGCGCACAUCGAAGAACUAUCGACGACGACGCCUGCCAUCAAUCUUUCGAUUUGACGAUGAGGAUAACAAAACCUAUUCGACACUGGGCUCCAGUCGGGAUGACGACGAUGGGGAUAACAAGCAAUAUGGCAGCAGCUGUACGGAAAAUGGGAAAAGCUGUUCCGGACUGCCGCACUCAAUAUGCGCGAACAAGAUUUGUCUGUGCCAGCAGGGAUAUUACGCUCGGAAUGGCAAAUGUUUCGCGGAGCUUGGUGAGAUAGCGGAGAGUACGGACGAGUGCGAAUAUGAGUUUGAAGAACUUUCGAAGAAGUGCAUAUGCCAAAAGAAUUACUUUUACGAGCGGGACUUGCGAAACUGCAGAAAACCAAUACAAUAUCAUCUAUCGUGCACCUCGAACAGCCAAUGCAGUCCCUUUGGAGCCGCCUUUUGUCAUCCGGAUAUACCCAGGCGCUGUACUUGUGAGGAGUACGCCCAGUACGAUACACUCACGCAACUCUGUGAGUACAAACAGGGUCUGGGUGCCGAAUGCGAGUCCAACGAUGGGUGUCCUGUGGCAAACUCCGUUUGCUCAAACCGCUUGUGCGUUUGCAAGGAGAGCUUCUUUGAAAAGGAAGGCGCAUGCGUGGCAGGCGUUGGAGCGGACUGCGCAGAGAAUGACGAUUGUGCAUUGGAGAAUACCAUUUGCCAGGAGCAGAGUACGAGUAAUUCAGCCAAAGAGUCGGAGGAUCAGGAGCGCUCCUGUCAAUGCCGCAAAGGUUAUGUGCACUUUAAAGAUGAAUGUUUGAAGGAAGCCGAGGAACUGGAGGAAGACUGCGUAGAGGAUGAGCAAUGCAAGCCGCUGCUGGCCAGUUGCAGUGCCGAGCGAAAAUGUAGCUGUACGGAUGAGCAACAUGCGAAGAAUGGACGCUGUGAAACGAAGCGCAACCUGGGCGAAGCCUGCACCAAAGCUACGGAAUGUUUUGUGGAAAAGGAUCCCGAGACGGUUGAGUGUCGCAACUCGGUGUGUCAGUGCAAAUUUGGCUAUCAAGCGGAGACGGAGAAACGUCAAUGCAUACGCGUUAUGCCCAAUAAGAAAAAUUCUUCCGGUAGGCCCAGUGCUCUCAAAAUCAUUACCUUCAUAUUGAUAGGUUCGGCAUUUCUAAUCACAAGCGCAGCUAUUAAGCAGGCCUACUACUAAGAUAACAUGCUAAUGAACCUAGGAAACCCCAUAAAAAUAAGCAACUGAUGAAUGAACGAUUCGAACAACUCGUCGUUCGACAAACCAAACUGAAUAACUUUCGUUAUAAAACUGUAAAUUGUAGUACGUGGACGACUUAAUGUAAUAACUGUACAUUACGCUGAGCGAUACUUUUGAACAUAAUUACAUAUCACAUCGAGAAAUAAACUCGAUACGAGCAGUUGGAGGGAGCGGAGCGUAGGAUUGGACAUUUUAUGUACCAUUUAAAAAAAACUGUAACUGAUAUUUUAGAUUCGAAGCAAUAAAUUGAGGGACAUGCCAGCGAGCUUGGCGCCCAGUCGCCUGAGAAGCUCUCUUCUCUACUCGUACGUAGCUAAAUAUAUAAUAGCAGCUAAGUUUAAAUUCUUGUUAUAAAACGAAUGCAAUAAGUCUAAUAAAUUAACUUUAAGAGAA